AUGGCCGACCAAAUUUCUGUUGCAUUCGUUUGCUUGGGUAAUAUUUGUCGCUCCCCAAUGGCCGAGGCCGUUUUCGCGCACAAGGUUAAGGAAUUGGGCUACUCAGACCGCUUUAAGCGCAUCGAUUCCUUUGGCACCGCUGGUUACCAUGUUGGAGAGGACCCAGACCACAGAUCGUCCGCUACGUGCAAGAAGCACGGUGUCCUGGUCAAACACCGCGGCCAGCAAUUCAAAGCAAACGAUUUCAAAAACUUUGACUACGUCAUCGCGAUGGACGAAGAGAAUAAGCGCAACCUCUUGAGAAUCAUGCCCAAGACGUCCAACGCGCGGGUGGAACUCUUUGGCGAGUGGAACACGGAGCCUGGAAAGUUCAGCAACAUCGUGGAGGACCCUUAUUAUGGUGGGAUUAACGGGUUUGAGCACAACUUCGAGCAGGUGUCGCACUUCAGUGAGAACUUUUUGGAGCAGGAGGUAGGCCAGGUGUAG